CCGUAGACAAAAGUCAGUCCGGCGGAUUAAGAAACGAAUUAAUAAUCACAAGGGAUUGAGCAAGAAAAUAUGUCUCUGACCUCUCGCAUUCUAUUUACUCCUCCCACCACCAUCAAACUCUCCCCUUCCCUCCCUCCCCCUUCUGCCUUUUGUCCUCUCAAAACCCCUUCCCUCUCUUUCAUUUCUCCCCAUCCAUCCAUCCUCCGCUUCACCCAUAUUACAAAGUCGCCGUCCUCUCUAUUCGCGAGGGUCUUUUCUUCCUUCAACCCCACUGCCACCACCACCCCCCCAACCAUGGGUGACGCUCCUGAUGCUGGCAUGGACGCUGUCCAGAGACGCCUUAUGUUCGGGGACGAAUGCAUUUUAGUGGAUGAGAAUGAUCGGGUUGUUGGUCAUGACUCCAAGUAUAAUUGUCAUUUGUGGGAAAAUAUUUUGAAGGGAAAUGCCUUGCACAGAGCUUUUAGUGUGUUUCUCUUCAACUCAAAACAUGAGCUACUCCUUCAGCAACGCUCUGCGACAAAGGUAACAUUUCCCCUGGUGUGGACUAACACUUGCUGCAGCCAUCCUUUAUAUCGUGAAUCUGAGCUUAUAGAUGAGGAUGCCCUUGGGGUGAGGAAUGCUGCACAGAGGAAGCUUUUCGAUGAGCUUGGUAUUCCUGCUGAAGAUGUGCCAGUUGAUCAGUUCAGUCCACUGGGGCGUAUAUUGUACAAGGCACCUUCUGAUGGAAAGUGGGGGGAGCAUGAACUUGAUUACCUGCUCUUCAUUGUUCGUGAUGUUAGCGUAAAUCCAAACCCUGAUGAGGUAGCUGACAUCAAGUAUGUUAACCAGGAUGAGUUGAAGGAGCUUCUGAGAAAAGCAGAUGCUGGCGAGGAAGGUUUGAAGUUGUCACCGUGGUUCAGACUAGUUGUGGACAACUUCCUGUUCAAGUGGUGGGACCAUGUCGAGAAAGGAACUCUAGAGGAAGCUGCUGACAUGAAAGCGAUUCACAAGCUGUGACUUGAGGCCCGCUGGUCUCAUCUGCAACUUUAUUUCAAUAAACUUGGACAUGAAAAAGUUCCGAACAAGUUGGCAUUCCAUAUUUGUUGUAUGUAACCUUGCUGUUUCCUGAAACAACCUCGUUUGGCCUGGUUAUAUAUUUCCUAAAACUUGAGUUGCGGAAAUUGAAGAAAUAAUGAAAGACAAUAAAUCAACGGGCGUCUUCUGUGCUC